AUGCACAGCAAUACUGAGCGGCCUCUUACGCGGACGCAAAGCUGGCAUGGCAAUCGCUUGGAAAGGGGUUCGUCAAUGCAAUCCGAAUUGCUACAGUUUUACGCUUCUCAGCAGCUGCCUCGGUCAAGCUCAGAAUUCUUGCAAGAGCUUCAGGUGGCCGCCAUGAACAGCCAAGUUGGAACGCGCCAGAACCAGAGGCGAAGGCAGAGUCAUAGCAGCCAAUACCAAGAACGGCGAGCUUCCACCAUUACAGGCGCCUCACUUGCGAGAACAACCUCGGAUCUGUCAAUCUAUGCUCCAGUACGGCGGCGUUCUGUUAUUCAAACGCCUGGCGUUGCUACGCGGCCAAGGCGAGAGGAUAGGCUCUCGAUUCCCGAUAGGACAAGUUCUCGGAAGAGCCAGCCAGUUUUUGGAGAUGGUCAGUAUUCAUUCAACCCCAGCACUAAAGCGCCGAGACAUCUUUCCAUGCCUCCCAUGUCCAUGCCUCCCAUGUCGGUAGGAUUUGCGCCGCUGGAGCGAGCUGUCACUCCGUGCGAGUCGGACUAUAAGCAGCUUGGGGGUAUCAAAUUUGGUUCCCUGAAGAUUAUGAACGGAACUCCCCCUUCAAGCCCACCAAACAACACCAACCAGCCGCACAUUGAAUCAAGCGCCGAGCCGCAACCUGAGGACUCAGGACUUGAACUGAACAUGGCGCGCCGCAAAAAUCGUCACACCGUCAUUGGCUCAGGAGCAGAAUCUCGAGCUUUGGCCUCCAUUUCCGGUUUCAACUUGAGCGAGAGGGGUUCCCAGCUCUCAGGCCAGAAAGCGAAGCCAUCUGAUGACUUGAUGCCCAGUCCACUGUCAAAAGUUCCCAGUCCUCUCUUGGGUUAUUCUGACGCUGAAGAUAACGAGGGAGGUUCUGGUGGCAAGGGUAGUAUCGGGGUUUGGAGAUCCAACAGUGACUUCAGUUCGACGGCGUCAUCUGAAACUUCGCACCGGGCAUCUUCCAAGGCGGAUAGUGGCUAUAGCUCUAAUGCUUCAGAACGCUCGUUCCCGAGUUCGCAAAGUAUCGAUGACAACAGCUACUUUCGCCAUAACCAAACACGACGACCAACCUUGGAACAACCGACAAUGUCACACAUGAUUACUUCCGAUAAAAUUAAUAAGCACAGCAAACUAUAUAAGCCUUUUGUCCGCUUAGAAAGGGAAAGAGAGAGAAACACUGUCCUAGCAAAAGACACGGCGAAAGAAGCCGUCGAAUCUGUUUCUCUCUUUCCAAAGUCGAGACCAAAACGCCAUGAGAAACACAACAAUCCAGCCUUGGCAUCUCGUUCAGCUUCGCGCAAGAUGGACGCCAGCAGCGCAACCCUCAACACCAUCAUGAGCGUCGACAACCUGGUUUCCCCUGAUAGUACUGCGCAUGUUCACAGUGUCAUCGAGGCGGGUACUGAUUCGGAUGGGUCUAAAUCGCUGAAAAAACGACGUUCGCUACGACAAGUUGCUGAAGCCGCGACAUCAAGAAUGCCGUCUUUGAGUUUGACCCGUCGGAAGUCUGCUGCAGGGAACCUGGGUUCUUCGAGCAAGGUUGACACGGACAAGAGAAAACGGGCGAUUUCACUAGUAAACUCUGCGGCAGCGAGCAGCAACAGCUUGUCCGCUCACUCGGUGUCAACGACUACCCAUUCAUCUGACCAGCAGGCUAAAAGCUCUUCUCUUAAAGACCGAUCAUCAGCACCAGAACUACGAGUUACGAUACCCGACAAUAAAGCCCUUAAUAAGGGCGCGGGAAACCGCUCUUCCUACUCAACCACUGGGGCACCGUCACCAAGGACUCCUCGAACUCGUGGCAUCAUGGAUUCUGGCGUCCCACCACCCAUUCCGCCACAGUUCAGAGAGCCAGCUUUUGGCUCGUCUCCAAACAACUCAUCCGGUUGGCCGCUUCUUGCUCAACCUCAUCGUUCCUGGGAUGGAGCCCAGGCACAGCGAAGGAAAGCCGAAGAGGCGCAAGCUGUCCGGCGUAGCGGACAUGGUUUGCUCGAAAGCCCCAUCUCUCCGAGAUAUAACCAGCCUACGCGCGGCAAUGCCCCGACAUAUAGGGGAGUCCGAAUUUAA